CAAGAACUCCGAUCAACCAUAUUAAUUGAACUAAUACAAAAAAUUUAUUGAUAUAAUAAAGUAAGCAUUUUCCCACCAUAUAUAUCAACUGAGUAUUAGUAUAAUGUAUGUUGAAUUCCACCGGCGGGAUGAUGGAGGAGGAAGUGGUGAUCGUCGGGGCGGGCAUCGGAGGCCUGGCCGCCGCCGUGGCACUAAAGAGGGUGGGAGUUAAGGCGGUGGUGCUGGAGAGGGCGGCGGAGCUGAGGGCCACCGGAUCGGCGAUCGGACUCUUCCCUAAUGCGUGGCGUGCCCUCGACGCCAUCGGAGUUGCCGAUAAGCUCCAGGCUCUCUAUGCCCCUGUUGGAAGUGCAUUAAUUAUCGAUGUCAAUACCAAAGUAACUCAAGAAGUGCGAUAUGAUGCCAAUGGGAAAAGAGCCGGACCAAGAGUGGUUCAUAGGAAGACCCUUUUGCAAACAUUGGCUAGUGAACUAGACUCAGAUACAAUCCGCUUCUCUUCUAGAAUACGCAUAAUUGAAUCUCAAGUCGAGGAUGGGCACCACUUUGCGGUUCUCGGGCUCGAGGAUGGAACCAUUAUCAAGGCAAAGGUGGUGAUAGGGUGUGAUGGGAUCCACUCGGUGGUUGCACGCAACUUGAAGCUGGCUUCUCCAGUCGAAUCGGGCCGGUCCGCAGUCCGUGGGCUCGCAAUUUAUCCAAACGGCCAUGGGCUGCCCCAUGCUCCCCAUCAGGAAUUGCGGCAUAAGGCUAACGGCACGAGUACAGAUGUACAACCUUCCGGCCUAUUCACCAGUGCCGGAAAGGGAAAGAAAAACGGUGGGAAGAAGAAGGAGAGGAAGUCGUCGUCAAAGGGUGCAAAGCCGGAUGAUGUCUGUAAUUACUGCAAGGAGAAGGGGCACUGGAAGUUUGAUUGUCCAAAGAAGAAGAAGCAAUCCGAAAAACAACCAGUUUCUGCUGCUGUUGCUGAAGAAGAUACCAAUUCUGAAGAAGACAUUGCCUUAGUUGCUGAUGAAAACACUCAUCACUCAGAUGACUUCCCCGAAACGUUCAUCGACGUGGUCCGGCACGCUGACGUGUCGGCCACGUCAUGGGCGUCACUCAUGUUCCGGUACCCGUGGGAUGUUAUUUUUGGGAAACUCAACACCGAGAACGUCACGGUGCUGGGAGACGCCAUGCACCCGACAACGCCGGACCUCGGGCAAGGCGGGGGCAUGGCCCUCGAGGACGCCGUCGUUCUUGGCCGCCACAUUGGAAAUGUGACUGGCCCUGAUGGGACGCUUACGCCGGAAGGCGUAAGUCGGGCCCUAACGAAUUACGUGGAAGAGUGGAGGUGGAGGGCCGCUUGGGUUAUUGCAGCAUCGUUCGUGUCAGGGUGGGUCCAGCAAGACGGGUCGGGAUGGUUCAUGAAGUUUCUUAGGGGAGUGUUUUACAAGACUAUCAUGCCUAAAAUUUUCAGUAUUGCUGAUUAUGAUUGUGGGAAGUUGCCUAGCAAGAAUGAAAGCUUUCAUUGAUCAUCACUUUCCGGUUAAACAUAGUUAAUAAAAUAAACAAAACAUACUACCUCCGUCCUAGUAUGUAUAUUUUUCUAGCUUGAUUUUUUUGUGUUAAACUAAAUAAAUUUUGAGCUUUAAU